AGCGGCCGUUCCGGGACGUUGUAACUGACGCUCCGCGGUCGCCGGGGCCGCCGGCGCGGAGCCGCGGGGGGAUCCCGGCCGGAUUCUAAAAAUGGAAUGGGGAGGAGAGUAUUCUUUUGAUUCUUCCAAUUUAGACUGUUUGUUAAAUGUCCUCCCUGGAGACUUGGAAUUUCAACAAAUCCUUAGCGAUCUUGAUGAAAAAAUAAAGAAGAACUCUUCCAGCAUAGAAAAGUGUCUUAAGGACCUGCAAUCAGACGUAAAUGAAAUAUGUGCUGAUGAAGUACUACAAAGCACAACUGACUGCAUUCAGUGGCUAAAUAACUGCAAUUUUACUUCUCUCAGACCUUCUUCUACAGACCAUAGAGAGCUGCAGGAGUUCCUAAAGACCCUGCAAAGCUUGUUGAAGAAUGAGAAGAAUCAAGAAGAAAUGGUACUUCACUUCCUUCUGGAUCUCUCUAGUCAGUGUGGUGUCUCAUUUCCCUGUACUGCAAGCGGGAUGUCUUUCGAGUUAACAUCUUCACUUCAUACCAUUCAGGAUGAUUCAGCUGUGGAUGUGAAAUCUCUUUGGGAUGAUGUGAGAUUGCAUCUUCGACAAUUUUUAGUGAAUAGAUUGCAAAGUCAAGAAGAAACAAGCACUAAUGCUUUACAACAGCAAAUGGAGUUUAAAACUCAGUGUGUACAGCAGCUUUUGUUUCUUUAUCCCAAAUCAGAAGUCUUAAUGAGGUAUCAAAAUAUGCAGAAUAAACUAGUUAGUGAUCUUCUGCAAAACUGUAUUUUGUCUAGUUGUGGUGAAACAAAUUUUGAUAAGGUAGUUUAUGGUUACCAAAGUUCCAUACCCAGAUUGUGCACAAUGAUAAAAGAGGAUUUGUAUAUUCUAAGUGGAACUAUUGGUCCAUCUUUGUCAUUAAAAUUUAUUAAUGAAACUUACCUGGAUACCAUCACUGAAGAAAUGACAGUUCUUCUUGAAAGACUUUGUGAGCUGCAGUUCAAAGAAAAUGCUCUGCACAUAGUUAAAGCAAACAAGAUUUCAAAGAAGCAUAGAGGAAGAGUACACGCUUUGGCCUCCCAGGAAUACCACAGGAAAGGACGAAACUUCUGCUUAACCUUAUAUCAACUCAAAUGUCUUUCUCAACUUAUCAAACUCUUCUUAUUAACGGAGGAAAAAAUUGAAGAGCUCUCUACAGAAAUUCUGCUGCUGCCUUCAUUUACAGAGAGGAAUAAGAAUGUUCAAGGAGUUCUGAAGAGAGCUAGUGGGGAGCUUUUAACAGGAGAAACUAGAGCAAAUGAAACCAGCGUGCUUCCUGAACAGUUACUUCAGGUAGAAGAGCCUAUUUUACUGAGUUUUGGCUGGAGAAAUGCAUUUAAAGACCUGUCUUCUUCUGUGGCUCACUGUAUAACAAUAGCAAUUGAGGAUUUUUCAUCUAAAAUCCUUCAACAUGAGCAGAAAGAAGAGUUUUCAGCUGCAGGCUGCACAAUGGGUCUUGUAAACAACCAGCAAAUGAAGGAGUCCUGCAGAGCAGUCCAACAGGAGGAGCAACCAAAACAAAUUGCUAAGUUUUGUUCUGACAUCAUGGAAGAACUUGACACAUUGCUUCCAUUGGCUCUGGCCUGCAGAGAUGAUUCUCUUCAGGAAAUUAGAGCAAGCUUUGUAGAGGCCUGCAGCAAAGUGGCAACAGAUGUUCUGGCAAGACUAGAGGAGAAGAGCAGAGACGUUCCCUUGAAGGCUCCCCUGCAAGACCUGUGUGGUGCCCUUUCCACGGCGAUAUAUGUCUUUCAGCAUUUUACAAUGUAUAGCAAUUUAAUGAGAGAAACAAGCAAAAAAACCCUGUUCCUAGUGCCUAUCCAAAAAUGUCAGAAAUUCAUCAAUAUUCUCCAGUUUCAAGUUACGAACUACUGCAUCAGAGUUUGUGCUACAAGCAUUUUACAGGAUGCUGAGAGCCACUGCUGGGAUGACUACAAAGCUUUUUACGAGGGGGAAAGAUGCUCAUUCUCUGUCCAGAUGUGGCAUUACUUCUGCCGUGCUCUUCAUCAUGAUCUGUGGACUAUUCUACCUCCAAGGACAGCCCAGGAGAUUCUUACAGAUGUACUAGAGCAAUCUUUGGAUAUUCUGUCCUCCAGAUAUUGUCAGGUGUGUCCCAGUUACAAAAGAACACCACAAAUCAGAAUUGAUAUUGCAGCAAUUUUGAUGUCCACUGAAGAUAUGAUCUGGUCAAUUUGUAGUUCUGUGCAGGAGUUUCUGAAUCCACACAAAGACAGAAAUCUCAAGAUCUAUAAAAUACAUAGCCACUGCAAUAGUCUGAUCUCUGUGCUGGCUAUUUUAACUUCACCACUGAAGAAUUUGUAUGAGACAUUUCUGGAUAAUUCUGGUGAACAUCUUCCUCAAGAUUUUUCAGAAGUCUUUUAUCAUCCAUUACACUGGUUAUUUUGCAUACCAUCAUCCUGUUUUUUCUUUCUCAAGACUCCAUCAGCCAGAGAAAUGGCAGCCCAAGGUCUUCUGAAGCUGCUUUUAUCCCAGCCAUACUGUAAUUUGAACUUGCUUUUGGAAACAUUGCUACACCAUGAUUGUCUCUUAGUGAAAAUUUUGCUAAGAAGCUCAAGUAAUCAAGCAUUAAAUUGUGAUGAACAAGGUUCUCUCUUGGGACAGGAAAAUAACAAAAACCCUACUCUGAUUGAAACAAUCUUCACAGUAUUGUCUUACUGCACUUUAUCGCCGAAAUCUCUUGGCAUUGCUUUUGAGUCCUACAUGGAAAGGGAGCUGCUGUGGAACUGCUUAUACAACAUGACAGUUUCCAGUUGUGGAGAGUCAGAGCCAGAAGUUAUCAGAUGCUUGAAGUUGACUUUGAUUAAUUCAGUGAAGGGUAUAGUGAAACAGAUAAUUUCUUUGAUGCAUUCAUGGGAGGCGACAGAAAACUAUGGAACAUACCAACACAAGCAAAUAGUUCCUGAAGGUUUACUUAAAACUGUUCCAAAGGAAUGGAAUUACACUCCUCGGGAAAUGAAGAGAAAAGAAUCUGGGAAAUGCUUCACAAGGCUUGCAGCUCAAGCGGUAUCUAUUGUAAUCAGCAAGUUACCUACAGUGAUUGCAUGUUUGCCUCCCCCAAUUAAAUACUUCUUUUUUCUGGCUGAGAGAAAAAUGUCAAGAAACUUUGCUGAAUUGAAGAAAGCUGGUCUGCUUGUCUGGAACUUGAUUGUAAUUAUAUGUCGGAUAUUUGAGGAUGGAAAUACUGCAGAAUUUUUAACAGGUGCAACACUUGACAGAUGGAGCAAAGAAAAACUCAGUUUAGUUCGUGUGUGCUUAGAAAGUAUUAUGGGAAAACAGAAAAGUGGUCCUAAGCAAGUGACCCAGAAGAUCAUACAAAGCAUUGAGCAGCAAAGACCAAACUGGAUUGAAAGCCAGUUGCUGAAGGCAAGAAAAUUGAGCAUUGACUGUGCCUCAGUCACAGUUAAAGGUGCAACAUUAGAGGAAGGAGGUAUUGCACUUGGAUUCACUGAGCAUAAUAUAAACAUGAUGGUCCUGGAUAUCUGCCACAAACCAGGUGGUAGUGAGUACCUGAGGCAAAUUUAUCACAUCAUCCGACUCAAUGAGGAAUAUUUGAAAGAGCAGCUGUCUUGUGAGAACUCUUCUGAAGAUGGUGUUACCUCGAGUCAAUGUCAGCCUUUGAUGCUGAAGGGCAGAGAAGAGCAACCUGUCUUCAACCCUUUCCAGGUGUACAGACAAUCUUAUGCAAAAGUAUUCAAUCAGUCAGCCAUUACUGAAUGGAACUGGGAUUGGUCGAGCUUACUGCCAGGUUACUUGGGACUGAAUCAGAUGGCCUUCAGGGUGCUGCUGACACACAGGUGGGAGAUGAAAGAAGAUGCAGAUCUUGAAGAUGAGGAGAACACUAUGGUAGAACACUUAAAAAAUGUUUAUUUGACACAGAGGAGUCCUGUCUCAGAGGAUAAAGAAGAACAAUUACCUUGACAGAUUUCGGGUAGCACCUUUCUUCUGGAUUCAAUAAGGCUAACUUAAUGCCAUAACUCACAGUACUAGAAAGCUCAGAAAUAUAUAUCUUGAGUAAGAGUUCUAAACUAAGGAGUGUUCCCUUGUUAUUGUCUGGUCACCCAAUGCAGGAAGCAAUUGUUUACACAUGCACAAGUGGAGGAACAGUACAGGAAAAUGUCAGUGUCACAAAACAAGGAGGUUGUAUCUCAGUACUGCAGAGGCACAAACCUGAAUGACAAACUAAGAAUUGUUUCCAAAAUAUAAUACUCAGUCUAAUAAUAAUGCAAUUUUGGACCCAGGCUAAGCAAAUGUUUCUGAUUUCCAUCCACCACUUUGGAGCUGGAGUCAGCCUGUCCCCAGUUCAUGUCACUAAAGAACCUGUUCCCUCCUUUGGUGCUUAUUCACUCAAUCACCCAAAAUACAUGAAUAGGAAAAGGUAUAGACCAUAUAGCUACCGUCCUUUUUGAGUUGCUCCAGGAUGAGUAGGCUUGGCCAUUAUUCCAAAUCAAAAAUGCAUCAGCAUUACUGCCUUCACAAAUCCUUACUUAACAUCCAGUGUAUUUUAUGGCUUAAAAAACACAGAGAAAUUUUAGAAGUUUUGAGAAGCAUCUUUUUAUUUAAAGGAAUUAUUUGCAGGCAGUGCUCACAGAACUAUCUUAAAAGUGAAUUGAGAAAAUAAUAAAUAAUUUCAUUUUUAAAAUAAAUAUAGUAAAAUUUCAUAUUCAAAGUAAUGCUGGUUUGAUAUUCAAAUUUUUCUGAAUAUUAUAUAUUUUUCUGAAUACUAAAUAUUUUUCUUACACACUUGUUAAAACUAUCAACUUUUUUUAUACAGGAGGUCUGGUUAGUAUCUCUUUAGCUGUACAAAAAUAAUAUAUAAUUUUUCUGUAGGUUUCUUUCUUUAGAAGUCCGGUUUAUCUACUUUUUCUGCCCAAUGAAGGGCUCUGGCAGGAUCUUGCUAAGGGUGUGAUCUGAGCAAAGUUAUUUGUGUUCCCAGCACAUCUUCACACAGAUGCUAUUAUGGACAUAACUUAGACAACUUCCAUAGGAUGAAGGCAUGCUUUUUUAUCCUAAAGGCUCCAGCAGCAUCAUUACUAAUUACAACCAUAUUACUAAUGCUGAUUUAGGAUCUUGUCUGAAAUGCAGGUUUUUCUCCUCUUAAUUGCUCUCUUUUCUUUUUAUAUAAAGCAUCAGACCAUUUAAAAUUAAAAUGUGGACAAUUGCAUCUUACAAAUCUCCAAAGAUCUUGUUACAACACUGCAACACAAAAGGCCUGUGAGGCACUGUAACUUAGAAAAUGCUAGAAACAUAAUUUAAAAAAUAAAGUAGACAUUUUCCUCUGCUGCCAGUGUAGUAAUUUAAGAUUGCAAAGGAAGUGAUGAAGUGUGAAAAUCGUUUAUCUUUGCUCUGUUUUUCACCUUUGAAGAUUAGUGGUGGACUUCAGGUUUAAAACAUGUCUACAGAGAUCUUCCACGACAGCAGGUUUGUGAUUUUGACAAAUGAGGCACACAUAUUCCAAGCCAUACAAAUAAUGUGUUAGUGUACAUGGAACUGACGUUCCGAAUAUUCUCCCCUAUUUUAUCAAAAUCUAUUGUAAAUAAUUAACUUUUUGUAUAGUCACAUAAAGUGCUUACGUGGUGAAUCUGAUUGAAAUACUCCUUGUGAAAAUGCUCCCCUUCUGGGAAAUACCUACUCUAUACCAACAAAUUACCUACCUAUAUCCAACAAUUUUAUGAAGAGCAUGAACAUUUCCAGUGAAUGAGCUAAUUGAGAAUAAAACCUGUCACUUACACUUAAGUGAGAAUAUCGAUACAGUCACUUCCCUGGUCCUGUAGGCCACACUAUUUCGGAUGAAGGCCAAGAUACCAUUGGCCUUCUCAGCUAUUUGGGUAGACUUUGGCUCAUGUUCAGCUGGUUGUUGACCAGCAACUUUUCUACUGUGCUUUCUAGUCUAUAUGCUGUGCCCCACACCUGUGGCAUUGACUUCGGUCGUUGUGACCCAAGUACAGGUGUUGAUCCUCAUUCCACUGGCCUCAGCCCACUGAUCCAGCUUAUCCAGAUCCAUUGUAAAGCCAUCCAACUCUUAACUCUUGCUUAAUUUUUGUCAUCUAUAAAUUGACUUAGGAUGCCCUCUAGUCCCUGGUUGAAAUAAUUGAUAAAGAUAUUAAGCAGUAUUGUCUCCAAUACUGAGCCUUGGGGAAUCCCAGUUAUGACUGGCCAAUGACUAACAUGUGUAAGAACAUAACAGCAUAAAAGCUGAACCUUUGCACAGUAUUUUAUUUGUAUGUUUUUCCUAUCCAAACCUGUAUGUGCAUCUUUUAUGGUAUCUGAGUGCAAGCAAAUGUGUAUUUUAAAUUGUACUUGACCACAAUCCUUACCGAGAAAUAUCGGGGCUUGGUCUCGCAGGCAAUGUAACCAUUCCAGAUAACCUUUAGGGUAUAAAAGGGACAUCAUCCUGACAAUAUUACUUAAUGCUGAAUAUACACUUCUACAACAUUCAUAUUUAUUCAAUAAAAUUACAGUAAUAAUUAGAAUUGUACAACUAAGCUUGCUAAGUAACAUGCCGUUAGUUUAUCAAGACUGCUUGCUUUUAAUUGAAAAUUGAAAGAGCUGAUCUUUUUUCCAUUGUAUAGAUGUAUUCUACAGAUGUUUUUGUGUAAAAUUAAGAAUACUUUUAUAACUGUAAGACUGCUGCUCUCUUUGGCUUUUCUUCAUGAAACAAUAGUUCUAUAUUCUUUAAAAAGUUCUGCUGAUUCUAAUAUUGAUUUAAGAUUAAAUUAGUUUUUAAGAAUGAUGCAAUGUCCUGGCUCUUUGGCACUACUUAUUGAUCCAGAAAUGUCUCACAUGUAUGUUUAGCCUAAAUAAAUGCAAGCAAUAGAAGUCA